AUGGAUACCAGCACAAGUUGUCGAGUUGUGCUGCCACGAACGAAUCACUCGAGCCUGGCUCGACUCCGGUCAGGUGCAGUGACUUCCGAUCACGUCGAUCAAGGCGUCCCCACCCCUCCCCUCCUAACGGUGACAUGCCCAAAGAGGGACAGGGUUGGAGACGCAGCAACGCUGUACCACCUGAUAGGACGCAGCGAUGGCAAUGACAGUCUUGGCCAGCCAAAUGCACAUGCAUAA